UCACCUUCACAAUCUCCUCCUCCUUCUCAUCACCAGUAUCUCUUCCUUCUUACGAUUCAGCACAGUCACUACUGCUUCACAUCAGCAAUGCUCGGCAAUGGCUUUCAAGCAAGACUAUGCGAUGUACAGACUGGCAAAGCCCUACCAGAGCAUCCCUCUCCCCCAGACGCUCCAUGUGCCGAUCUACGCUUCCUUGCCCCCUUAGUGGCAUCAGCUGCACAGAAGAGGGUCAGAAGAGGUAAAGUUCUCGUUAGAAGCGGUGAUGGCGAGAAAGAAGAACUCGUCUUGUUCUUCAAGAGGCGACCUCGCACCAAAGGCAACGAUACAGCAACACUGACAGUACCCCACAGUGGCAGAGGCGAGGAGAGGGCCAAUGCCAACGAGGAGGGAGAUAUGUGGAUGCAGCUCAACUUCAACAAUCGACCCGUCAAGCUUACAGCCCUCACCUCUUCUUCUCGAUUGACCACUUGGAGUACCUCGAAGCCGAGCAAGGGCGAUGCGGCUGAUCAGGCCUCCAUUGGUGAGGGCCGCAAGCUCUUCAAGAUGUGGCAGGGUAAAGAUACCCGGAUCGAGCCUGUGCAGUGCCUGUCGAAUACAGGGAGGGUAGAGCUGGACACACUGCGUCCGUCUGUAACCUACUGCACAAUCACAAUCUGGAAUGUAAGGACGAAUCAGUACAUUGGCAAGAGGGGCCUCAAUCUGAGGUACAUCCUGCCCUCGGCCGUCUUCCACUUCGACCUCGACCGACCUCAAGACAAUGUCCUCUCUCCCGUCAUGUCCACCAUUUCAGAUGUCGCAGGCUCCCUCACCAAUGCCUCACAUCAGACCCAGACCCGAUCGAAGUUCCUCUCCGGUCCCAUCGCCAAAGUCAAGAAGUUCUUCAGCGACAGUGAGGCCAUGGAAGACGAGCAGCUCGAAAAGGAGGGUAGACCUAUCUCAACCAUCGGUCGACCAGGGAAGCUCUUUCGGAACAGCCGAGACGAUGCUUCGAAUGCUCUGCGACGACGAGCUGCUUCCACAUCCAAUGCUGUGAUUAUCGAGACGAGCACCGCAACGACAAUCGAGACGACGACUCCGGCACCGUCAGCUUUGACGUCCCUAGUUCCUGCUGCGCUUCUAGCUCGACGGAGGUCUUCUGCAAGCCCCUCUACAGGCUCGGAGCAAGAGAAUAGCCGAUCUUCUUCAGAGGCAUCCGGACACCAUGCCCAUCACAAGCUCCCAGGAUCACCAAGCAAAGGCGUUGCAGUGCCUGUCCCGGUUGCUGACCCACGCUCGUCAUUAGAAACAAGCACUAGCGUCCGUCCGAUUCAGACGGUGCUUAUCGACGAUGCUUAUGUGGGAGGGGAAGACGAUGUACUGAUCUCUCCACAGAGACGCUUAAGCAAGAUCGAAGAGGCCAGCGACGAGCGCUCUAGCUCAGCCAUUGACGCUCUAUCGAUCACAUCGUCCAGAACGGGUGGGAGGCAGGAUACUGCAAGAGCUACACAAUUGGCACGUGUGAGACCAGUACCUAGCGCAAUCUCUCUUGGGCUCAGCCCUGAGCGUUGUGCAUCUCCUCAGAGCAUUUCGCGCGAUACAGCAGCCGAUCGGCCCUUAUCGAUUGCCAGCCGGGCUUCACAGACAAGACGAAUUCCGUCAGCUCCUAUGACAUCUCCUCCUGCGUCCCUUGCGUCGGUAGGGAGGACCUUCUCCAGCUCUUCUAUACCCACACGGGGCUCUCUGAGAAGUAACAGCAACGAUAGCUCGCCCAGCGGUGCACAGCGACGUGGCUCAAUCCAGCGUGAGGGCAAGCGCAAGGCACCCCUCGCUGUAUCUCCCCCAAUUCCUUCACGCCCUCCUAGACCGGAAGGCAACUUGCUCAAACUAGAUGCUGAGGAACCCAGGGAGCUGCUGAGCAUGCCCGCCAAACGGCUACCGCGCCCUUCGGUCUUUGCUGCCAGUAAACAAUCCUCUCGCGCGAUUACUUUCUUAGACGAAGACGGCAACAGUGCCCUUGCCAGCCGCUCGAGAUCGACCCCUCGUCCCACUACAGGCUCUACUGUCUCUUCGUAUCGCUCUGGAACAGACCGCAGUGGUGAGCGGGACUCAGUGUCUACGCGAGGUGGGAGACGAAGUGUCUUCCGCAAUGAAGACGUCGUCGAGCGCUGUACCUCGGUCGACUCUACAAACACAUUUGGUAUUCCACCCUCGCCACGCAGUGUCCAGGGGGUUGGCUAUGCGACUACUCCUACCCGGGCAUACUUUGCGCUUGAGGGAAGGGCGGGGUACAGAGGAGCUUCGGGGAAAGCCCGAGAGUCUGAGUAUAGAGGGACUGGCGACGCAAGUAUUGUCUCUUCUAGACCUUCCACUGCCUCAACAGGUGAGCAUGGCUUGGAGUCCGGCAGUAUCACUCCUCUGAAUCUAUCUGGGGAGGCAGACGGCCAGACAGAGAACGUCAGCAAGGAAGGCGCGCUCCAAGCUCGCACCCCAACGGCCGGCUCCACCCCAGUCGCAAGCACGGACGAGUUCAUCGGGAGCGGUGCCGACGGCCUCUACUGGCCUAACGUGAGCACGCCUCACGCUACCGCCUCCCACACACAGUAUGAGUUGCAGAGCAAGAGCAGUCGCCGUGCUCCCGUCUCUCUCCAAGUCUUCGGCCCAGACGAGGGGUGCAGCUCCUCUUCGAUCACUCCGACGCUAGCUGCUUUGCGCUCCCGGUCCGGCACGCAGAUUCGCGGUCGUCAUCUACAAGAGGCAGCUGCAGGCCGAUCAGCUUCGAAGUCUGUUACGAAUGAGGAGCUAGACAGGACUCAGAGCGUUCUCCGCAGACUUGAGUCUUUGAAGAACCUUCGGUCUUCCACUUCCUCUUCCUCUUCCUCUGACUCCUCACCUUCUUCAUCUUCCCUCUCCUCCUCCUCCGCCCACUAGGCACUGCAUUCAGAGCUCGACGAGCACCGCAAUUCCCUCGAGGCACAGGUGCGGCAGGCACUCUUGGAUGAGCUCGAGGUGGAGCGCGCCAGUUGGAUGGAGAAGAUUCAGAGGCGUCUCUCGGAGGUUGAAGAUCUGCAGGCCCUGGUGGAUUCGAGGGUGAGGAAGUGAGAGGAGGGACGAGACGGCAGAUACAGCC